CUCUCGCGCUCCUCAUCAUCACCGCUACACUGGUCUUGAUGAUUGCAGUGGCAGCAACAUGGCUGUGAAUCUCAGCAAGAACAGACUGGCCCUCAUAACAGCCUACCAGGACGUUAUCAACGAGACGUCAGCAGCCGACUGGGCCUUAUACACAUAUGAAGACGACAGUAAUGAUUUGAUCCUGACUGCCUCAGGAGAUGGUGGGCUGGCAGAGAUUGCAGUUACCUUCGAUAACACCCGUAUCAUGUAUGGUUUUUGCAGCCUGAAGGAGCCCACGGCAGCUCUGCCCCGUUACAUCCUCAUCAACUGGGUUGGUGAAGAUGUGCCUGAUGCCCGGAAGUGUGCCUGUGCCAGCCAUGUAGCCACCAUAGCCGAGUUUUUCCAGGUGGGUCUCACCAAGGGUGUUGACAUCAUCGUCAAUGCCAGCAGCAUAGAGGACAUCGACCCCUCUGCCAUCGGACAGAGACUGACCAAUGGGACAGCUCCAGUGGCCAGUCCGGUGCUCAACCGCCUGCGAAUGAGAGACGAGGAGAACACAGAGCACGUUGGCACCACCUAUGAGAAAACAAAUGCAGAGAUCGAGAUGAAGAAAAUCAAUCGAGAGGAGUUCUGGGAAAAAGCCAAGCGGGAUGAGGAGAUAAGGAAGGAAGAAGAGAGAAGGAAGGCUGCAGAGGAACGGCAGCGCUUUGAGGCAGAGAGAAUGGAGCUGGAGAGAAAAGAGCAAGAGGAACGAGAGAAAAGAUACCAUGAGAGGGAGAGGCAGAUAGAGGAACACCGGAAGAAGAUGCAGGAGGAAGAGGAGACCAAAGAAAGAUCAAGGAGUCAACCCAUGAUUACAGAGCCCAGCAAUGAAGACCCUUCCCUGGACAAGAAGGAAUCUGAGGUUGAGGAGGCAGCAGCUAUCAUUGCCCAGAGGCGCGACAACCCACGGGAAUUCUUCAAGCAGAGAGAGAGGGCAUUGGCCAACAGUGUGGAUGUCUCACCAGUCACCACUCACAGGACCGGCCGCUUGGACAGUCCAUUCUUGAGGCAGAAGCACAGUCCGUCUGAUUGCAGCCUGCCCCCCUCUCGCACUCCGCCCCCAUCGAGGAGGCAGCCAGGUCCACCUGGAAUCCUGGAGCGCAGCAUGACAACUGGAUGUACGCCCAUCCCCAAAAUCGCCAUACAGGAGGAAAAAGACGACUUCAUUCGAAGAGAGUUUGCCUUUGAAACUCCAAAGCAAUCUCCAGUGCAGGAAUCAGGCCAUGCCAAGACUACUCAGAGCGUUUCCCCUCAGCCAGUAUCCAACACAGAUGACAGCCUGCUGGACCUGUGGGACAGUGGUCCGGCACCAGCUACGGCCCCAUCCCAGGCCGACCACAUCAUGGAUCUGAUGGAGGACACCCCAGAACCUCAUCUGGCUGGCUCCUCCCCCAGCCUCCCUCAGCCGCUCCUGAGCUUCGAUGAGAUACCUGACACCCCCUAUUGCACAGGCACAGAAGAUGAUCCCUCCAGCCUGGUAGAUGUGGCUGGACCCCAUCAGAUGACCCUGAGUUACCAGCAGGCUCUGCAGCACGCUUCUGGCUCUGACAGCCAGGACAUGGAUGACGGACAGCUGCUGCUGACCAAUGGAGAUACACUACUUAAAGAAGGGACCCAGGCAAGUGAAGGCUAUUUCAGCCAAUCACAGGAGGAGGAUUUCGUACAGUCAGACGACUGUACUGCAAAAGUGAAUCCAACGCCAGUUUUUUAUAACAAACCACCAGAAAUCGACAUUACAUGCUGGGAUACAGACCCUGUGAUGGAAGAUGACGAUUAGGAGCAACAUAGACAAAACAAGGCAACACCUUGAAGAAAACUGAUUUUACAAAGGUUACAGAAGUCUUGCAUCAAAAUGUUUUAGAAAAAAAUUCUUAGCCACCAAAGAAAAGGACUCGGGUUAUUGUUAAAGAUGCCAGUGGGUAUGAGCACUCUCAGUUUUUGUAUGUGCAUUUGAAUGUGUAUAUUAUUUAUUUCAUUUCUUGUUUUGCUAUGCAGAGUUUAGCACAGUGCGUAUCUAGCGCUCACCUGUGUUGUAUCAACUCCCUGUGCCUAACAGGUGUGUGUAGUAGCAGAUUAAACCGUUCGGUUUUAGUUAAACAUUAGAUUUGCUUUGUCAACACUGAGCUCAUGUCCACUCGGUGGUUCAAUACAUUUUUUGGUAGGACUUUCCUGCAAUGUUAGCUGUUCAGACUGGUUGCUUAGUUGAAACACACAAUAUGUGUAUGAGUGUUAUGCCCAGGUGGGCCUUUGGUUUGAUGAAUUGUUUGGUCAGGGUACUUUUUCGAAUCAAGGAUAUGUCAGAACUAGAUUUUAGCCUCAGUUGAGUGCGACAACACUCAAAUUUAGUAAACAAAACUAACUAGUUUGUGGGAUUAUGAAACUAUUUUGUGUUGUGCCAAUUAUUUCCAGUAUGUUGACGUUUUGCCCUGUGUUGGUGUAAUCGCCUUUUAGGAUUUUUAGCGCCAAGUGGCAUAUGUAUAUUUUGACUACAUAUGAGACAAUGUGUAUAAACAGUGGCAUUCCUGAAUUUUUUUAUUUUAAUUUUUUACAACUGCAAUAGAAUUGGCUUCGAUUUGUUAAUAAACUUAGGCAAUAACAUUUGUAGUGGACUCAGUUGGGAAAUGUUUUAGUUAUAUAUUCGGCAUUGUGUGUGUGUGUGUGUGUGUGUGUGUGUGUGUGUGUGUGUGUGUGUGUGUGUGUGUGUGCGUGCAUAUACGUGUUUUAAAAUAAUAGGGGAGAGUCUUCUAUUACAAGGGAGGUCACAACAUACUCUACGCAAUUAUGCAGACACAAAUGCUUUACCAGCGGAUUGCAAGCACGCAAUUUUACAUACUUAACACAUUUUUCAUUACUGUUGUGGCACCAAAAAACAUCAAUGUUUAAGUGGCCGAUAAAGAUACCUUCAGAUACCAUUGUGGUUCAGUGACGUGACACAUUUCUUUUGUCCAGAUCUAUUAAGUUAUACAAAAAUACAUUUCAAAUGCAAUUCACACAAAGUAAUAACUUGAAUACACCUCUUCUUUGAUGGACAUGUUUUCAAUUACUGAGUUCAAAGUCAUUUUGAUAUUUUUUCUGGGACUUGAAGUAAAAAUUGACAUGUGGUGUAACUGCCCAGAGAUAAAAAUAAAAUAAAAUAACAAAUACAAAAUCUUAAAAAAAAUAAAAAGUCUCAAUAAAAGCUGAAAUUCUUAUAAUAAAAAUUUGUUUGGUACAUGUAGUGCAAAAUAAUCUUUUGUUGAUUUUUUUUUAAUAAGCUAUAAAUAAAACAUGAUUAAUAUUUGAAAAACUUUUAUCCACAAAAUAAAGUCAUGUGGUGUAACAAACAUGUAGGUAGCCAUAUCGUUGUCAUGUGACAAAAAAAAAAAAAACACAAAACAGAGAUGACCCUUUUAGAACUUAAAGACUGUAAAUAAAAAAAAAUAAUAACAAAAAAUUUUAAAUUUCUUUUGAAUUUUUUUUGUUGUUGUUGUUGUCAUAUAACAUCCUGAUAUUUGUAAAAACACCUGUAUUUUUUAAAAAUUAAUGAUUAAGUUGCAUUCACUCUCAUGUAUUCAAGAUACAAGGAAAGUAUUUCAAUUCCUAUUACUUGAUGGUUACACCACAUGACAUAUUUAAAGCCAUCAAGUCAUUUUAAUAUCUUUUCUUUUGGUAGAAAAUGCUAUGAUUGAUGUUUUUCAAGAAUUUUGUAAAACCAAAAGGACUUACAUUUUACAUUUCUAUGAACUUGACACAUGUUUUAAACUAGAUUUUUAGAAGAUUUCUCAUUUGUAUCACUUUAGAAAACCUUAUUUGUAUGCAGAACUCCGCAGUAUUGCGACAUCUGUCAUCCGUAAAAGUUCAAUGCAUAAUUUCAUUAAGCUUUCAUAAUAAGCUUUUAAUAAGGGUAUAGUAUUCUCAGAUCCAUUUAAAACAUUUUACUGUUUAAAUCCCUUCCACAGAUUUCCCCUCAAAGUCAGUGCAGAAAAUGAGGAAAAUGUCUGCAGAUUCUAUUUGGGCCUGGUUAUUAUUCAGAUAACUAGCUAUAAACAUGUCAACAGUGUAACUUCAAGCAGCUUGCUCGGGAAGAUUCCCUUCAAACUGCUGCACUGUCAUGACAGUGGUUGACCUUCUACGGUCACUUGUUUCCUUCAGAAGACUGUUUAUGAUGAAACCUGCUAUAGCACCCCAUGUGGCAAGGCUGAGAAUACAAUGCUUGCGUUGUAUUACGAAUUGCAUUUGGACACAUUUCAGUAAUGCAUAAAAUCAAAAUGCGUAGCUAGAUACAUUUGUGUAAUUGCAUAGAGUAUGUUUUGAGGAUUGUUUUUAGAUUAAUCACACUGUCCAAAAUAGAGUGAGUCCCAUCAUGAAGGAAACUUCUUAUAAUCACAUGCAUUCCAAGCCAAUGUAACCCACAUCAUUUAGUUAUAAUAUUAAUACAAAUUUUGUAUGUGCUGUUGCUAGUUUACAAUGGAUUAAUCACAAUCUGUCUGGGCCUUAAAUGUCUAGAGUGAUGUGACCUUAGGGGUUAUUCAAUGAUUAUCUUCAGCAAAAGCUAUUUAUAAUGUGUUUUUAUGGACCUCAAAAUAUUACAACCUUUGAAUUAUAUUUGGAUUUGAAAAUGACAUGAAAUUUAGAAACACUUUUCACUCAAAUAUAAUAGCAGGAUUCCCUAGAGGUCUCCUAGGGGUUGUGCGGCUCAUGGGCACAAUGGUGACUCUCCAUUGACUCAACCAGUAAACUUUGUUUUACCCUACCACAUCCUUAACCACCAAGUGAUCACCACCUACUGUCUUCCUCUGUCUGAUAGUUACAGUCAUUAAUAAACCUUGAUUUUAUGUUGCAAAUAAUUUAUCACAAAAAUGCUGAGUGGAGUAAGCGAGCAAUAAGACGAAACCAAUGUAGUAUUGUUCUGUAAAUAGCUCUAAUUUUGUGCUCAUGUAAAAUGUACUUCCAUCACUAAUAUGUAUUGAUUCACCUGCCCCUGAAAAACAUACGUUUGGAUUGGGUUUCUUAAAAGAGAAAACAAGUUUGCUUAGUUUUAAAGCUGGUGAUUUUCAAUGGGAGGUAACCUGCAUCUUUAACAGUAACUUUGCCCUUUUUGAAAUGACUUCAGUGUACUCUUGUUCACCCUCCAACCUCCUUAGUAGUGAUUAUUAUUCUCUUUCUCCCUCAAACUACUAGGAGACUACUACUAUUACUACUACUAUUAUUACUACUACUAUUACUGUUCAACUACAGUAAUUUCGUCUUUGCCCCUGAAGCAAGGCUUAGCAUCUCCUGAAAGUUCUCUUUUUUUUUUUUUUUUAUUAUAUUUUUUUUCUAUCUCUUCCUUUUUCCGUCCGCUUCUCACAUGCUGUUUUUGAAACAAGCACAAUAUCUUUUGUGACAUGCUAUGUGCUUAUGUAUGUUAAUAAAAGACUGUAAAAACCUUC